AGAAAGAUUACAGAUAGAACGUUGCAAAACACAAUGGAGGAAUCGGGACACGAUCCACGGCGCGAAAUUCAAAUGUUUCGAAGGAGCGAUAGGAAUCGAGCCACGGUAUCUGCCUGCUCGGCACUCGGGAUGGAGAUAAAGCGCAAGAAAAUCCGGGAGAGCGCUCUCUUUCCGCAGCAAGAUGACAACUCGGUUCAAGAAAAACUUGAUUUUGAAAUUCGGAUGCGAGACGGAAUAUGUAAACUGCUUUCCGUGAGCAGUCAGAAGGACCAAGUACUGAAUGCUGUAAAGAACUUAAUGGUUUGUAAUACCCGUAUCAAAGGAUAUAUGUUGCAGCUCAACUCGCCGGCAGAAGAAGAGAAUAUUGAGAAUAAUGGGAGAAGAUCUUCUGAUGCGGGAGUGAAAGAACGUGCAGCUUGCACUGGAAAAGUUGUUAUAUCAGGUAUUCGAAUCCCUUUGAUGUGGAAGGAUUCUGACCACUUCAGCAACAAAGAAAAAUCACAGCGCUAUGCCGUCUUUUGCAUGUUAAAGCUGGGAAAAGAGGUUUAUGACACUGACAUGGUUAUAGUGGAUAAAACAAUGACCGAUAUUUGCUUUGAAAAUUUAAUUGAAUUCACCGAAGCAAGGCCAGAUUUUCUGCUAAAGCUGGAAUUAUAUAGCUGCUGCAUGGAAGAUUCUUCUAUAACCAACACUCCAAAGAAACUUGCGCAAAAGCUUAGAAACUCAAUUGGCAAAUCUGCAGGCAAGAAAUUUAAUUCAGAGUUUGAAGAAACAGAGCCACAAGCUUUAUCGUUCUCAAGUCCUCAUAUGCCAGGAGCAAAAUACAACUUGCUUGCCCAUAUUACCUUCGCUUUGGAGGAUAUUGAAGACAACUUCAGCACCCAUAGUCUAACCAUAGCUGCUCAUGAGGAAUCUUCUUUUUGGCUUCCUUUGUAUGGUAGUAUGUGCUGCCGAUUAGUUGCCCAACCAGCCUGUAUGACUAACGAAGUAAUAUCAGGAUUUCUCAACCAACAGGAAUUGGUGGGAGGCGUUGGCAGCUGCAUUAGGUUGUACUGUGUGCUGAAAGGUGGAAAUCUUCUGUGCUAUUAUACCCCAGAAGAAAUUGAUGCGAAGAUCGAACCAACUUUGAUUAUACCUGUUAACAAGGAUACAAGAAUUCGAGCUGUGGGGAAAGAUUCCAAGAAAAGAACAAACAGUUUUUCUGUUAUCAACAUUAUGUCUGGAGAAGCUGUUACAAAAAUAUUUUCAGCUGACAGCAGAGAGGAGCUUCAAAAGUGGAUGGAAGCUUUCUGGCAGCAUUUUUACAACAUCAGUCGAUGGAAGCAUUGUGCAGAAGAACUUAUGAAAAUUGAGAUUAUGUCACCACGGAAACCACCAUUGUUUUUAACAAAAGAGGCAUCCUCUGUUUACCAUGAUAUGAGUAUUGGCUCCCCAGCGAAACUUGAAAGUGUAACCGAUAUUCUGCAUAGAAAAAUUGAAGAAACCGAUGGGAUGUUCCUUAUAGGACAGCAAGAAGAUGCUGCACCACCUCCUUGGGCUGCUUUAUUUGAUGGUAACCAUGACCUACAUUUUGAGAAAAAUACAAUGCCCUCUGCCUCAAAAGAUGAGACCAUACAGGGCCUUGAUGGUAAAGGAAAGAAGAGAAGAGCACCACCUCCUCCACCCAAUAAACCACAGUUUGGUGCAGAAACUCAUACGAGCAGAGACAUUGUGGAAAAAGAGAACAUGUGGACACGCUCCAGCUUCUCCCGAAAGUCCUUUGAUUCAAAGCUGGCUGCUCUAAUGCACCCGUUUCAGAGGCCUAUGGCAACCCCUCGUAUCCCUGUUUUAUCAGAAAAAAGACAACUUGAAGAAGGCAAGUCUAAAAGCCAAGAUGAUCACACAACAAAACCGAUCCCAACCCCUAGACAGAAAUCUGUCAAAGAAAUACUGGACCCUAGGUCAUGGCGCCAGUUACAAGAGUGACUUUUUUUAAAUCAUUUUUUUAAUGCAUUUUGUAUAUAUAUCCUUUUAAUUCUCUAGUAGAUGAUAGCAUUGGAAAUCACCACGGUCCAAUUAACUGUAAUUUUCUACAAAUGGUUAAGCACAGAAGAAAAAAGACAUUUGUUAUGAGCAAAUUGUUCCAUAGAAUAAUUGGCUUAUUAUUUUAAUACCCCAAUCCUAUCCUCGUGUUAUUUGUAAUGUGCUCAGUUGAUGUAUAAGAAUUUUCGAAUACCAUGAAAAAAAAAACUAUGCUCUUAAUCUUCAAA